CUGCAAUUUGUUCCUGAAUGCAUUUAGUAAACAUUGGUGGACUUUCCGGUCAGUUCUUUUGCCUUGCCUGGGAGAAAAACCGGCAAUUUGCCACCCAUUUUGUGCGUAAUUCAAUAAAACCAGCCCGCCGCCAACAUGUUCCUGACCAACAUUUUGCUGAAGAAAGCAAAAAGCAAGAACAUUCUCGUGCUGAUGGAAAGUGCGGUCAGUGGACAUCAGUUUUCAAUGAUCCGAGAGCGGCUGGCGGACAAGCUGGAAUUGCAACGCUUUGAUCCGUACAUCCAAAGAAUGUCUCUGUACCGAGAGCGCAAACGGCUGCGAAGUUUGAACUAA